ACGACGAAAUUGAAUUCGUUAACUUUUGACGGUGAUAGUUUCGUUAAUGACAUAACAUCGGGGAAAACAAUUUUAACGAAAGAAUAUUUAAAAUCUCAUGUUAGUGAGUUCGUUGAAAUUGAAAAAGAAGGUGGAAUUAAGUUCGAUCCACUGAAUUUCAUUUUCAGCUUAGCGAAUGCGGGUGUUAGUUUCGCUGAAUGGACAACUAUACAGAGUGAAAUAAAUGCAAUAUGGACGUUUUUGGGGUCAAAAGCGGGAAUGGGUGAGCUUGUAAAUGCUGCAAGAACAUUAGGUGAAACAGGAAAUUUUGUAGAUGGUUUUAAAAGACUUGUUUCAAAUGUUUUAACAAACACAAAGAAAUUAUUUAGAUAUACCGUACAUAACGGACGGAUUUUCGAACAGAUAGCAACAAACCCUCCGGUUAUGGCUGCGUUGAUGAUGGUUAGAGAUAUAAAACCACGUAACGACGGGAACGAAGAACAUGAACAACAGGAUACUGGUCGGGUUAUUCGAGACAUUAAAAACGUGUAUCCUGAAGUUAUUGAUUUAUUUAGAGGAGUUAAUGAUUCAAUUUCAAAACAUUCUAUAACCCUCGAUGAAGAGAAUAAAUUAACAGAUUAUAUAUUCGUCAUUAUUGCAGAAUUAAUGAAGAGAAUAAAUGAAAAAGGAAUUGGUGAUAUCAUUAAUGUCAGCGAUGUAAUGAUGAAAAGAAAUUUUGACUCAUUAUUUACAAAACCGAAAACAGAAUAUAGUCUUUAUGACGUAAUUACCGAAUUAAUGAAAAAGAUUAAUGAUAAUAAGAGUUCUGGCGGAAGAGUUGAAUUAGAA